AUGUUGUUCAAACUUGUAUGGCUGCUGCUUGGUGACGAAACCGUCCAAAAGAAGUUUGUCGAAAUCGCCGAAGCCUACGAAGCCCUCUCCGAACCCGAAACACGCAAAAUUUACGAUCAGUACGGUCAUGAAGGCCUCAAACAACACAAGGAAGGAGGCCACCGUCAAGGAGGUAACNCCUUUGAUCUCUUCUCUCGGUUCUUUGGUGGCGGCGGUCACUUUGGUCAUGCUCCCGGUCAACGCAGAGGCCCUAACAUGGAAGUGCGUGUCGCGGUACCCCUUCGCGAUUUCUACAACGGCGCCGAACACGACAUCGCACUGGAGAAACAGGCUAUCUGUUCGAAAUGCGAGGGCUCGGGCUCUGAAGAUGGCAAGACAGAUACUUGUAAUAAGUGCAAGGGCCAUGGUAUGGUUAUCCAGAAAGCACAACUCGCACCGGGCAUCUUCCAGCAAAUGCAGAUGCAAUGCGAUCACUGCGGCGGAAAGGGCACAACUAUUCAACACAAAUGCAAGACCUGCGGCGGUUCCCGUCACGUCAGAGAAGUCGAGACCUUCACCGUGAACAUCGAAGAGGGCAUGCCCAAGGGCGCGAGGAUCAACUACGAAAACGAAGGAGACGAAAGUCCGGAUUACAUUGCUGGUGACCUUAUCGUGCAGGUUGUGGAAAAAGAGCCGGAAUUGGGCAAGGGAGACGAAAACCACGAUCGUACAGAUGGCACUUUCUUCCGUCGCAAGGGCAAUGAUUUGUUCUGGCGUGAAGUCUUGAGUUUACGGGAGGCAUGGCUCGGCGACUGGACUCGCAACCUCACACACCUGGAUGGCCACACUGUUCAACUCUCCCGCAAGCGCGGUCAAGUCGUUCAACCAAACGCGGUCGAGGUACUCGCAAACGAAGGCAUGCCAAUCUGGCGCCACGAAGAAGGACCCGAAUUCGGAAACUUGCAUGUCGAGUACACAGUCGUGUUGCCGGAUCAAAUGGACAAGAACAUGGAAAAAGACUUUUGGAACACAUGGGACAAGUGGAGGAAGAAGAGUGGAGUUGACUUGCAANAGGAUGCCGGUAGACCCGCUCCUUCUGCUGGGUCUGGACACGAUGAGCUGUAG